AUGCCAUCGAUACCUGCUAACACAGUCGCUACAAAUAUGCCCAUCGAACUCCUGCUAUCCCCCAUCAUGCGCCCUCUGGUUCUGGCCAAGGCAGUCCUCUUCCACCCUCACCGUGAAACCUCCCGGUAUGUCCCCAACAUCAUCGACGUCGGCCCUGUCAGCACCCAGACAAACCCCACGUCUGUGAAAUCUUACACCGUGCGCCGAGAGUUCGGACAAGGUGCCAAGGUUUACGGAGUGUUUGACGAUGCGAAUCCCAUAAAACAUAUCGACCAGAGACUCUAUUGGUUUGUGCGAUCUCGUGCCGUCAAGGGAGCUUACAAGAUGUACACCACUGGUGAGGCUCAAGCCACCGCCCACAUCCGAGCCGGCCUCCGUUCCAACAUUCUGAUGAUCCAGUCCACGUCGGAUGACGACGAAUUCGAGCUAGGCUGGCAUGUCAUGGGCCACCGGGUUGACGCGAUUGAUUCCUACCGACUGUUUGAGCUUAAAGACGGCUUCACAUACCAGUGGACCACCAAGGGCAAAUUCAUGGAAAAGGUACACAAUCUCGGUGAGAAGGAAUCGGAAGUCCGAGAGCGGGUUGCCUCCGUCACGGUUCUCCCUGGCCAUGGCUUCCAGAUCCAGAUUGACGAGUCCAAGGUCAGUCGCGAGAUGGCACUCACGACCGCCAUGAUCUCGUUCAUCGACCAGUGGAACACCCAGCUGGGCGUGGGUGGUAUCUACUACCCAUACCAGCCCUCGCAAGUCCGAUGGAAGCGAGAUUAA